AUGGUGGACUGGAAGGACCCUCGGCAGCCUUUCCAGAACCACAAUUCAUGGCAGCACGCCACUAUUUUUGGGUUCUUCCUGCUCAGUGGCCUGGUGGACCUCAUAAGCCAGGUGUGGCUGGCACGGCAGAGCAUAAAGCUAGAGCAAGCUGGCACGGUCUUGGCCUUGGCUGUGCUGUUGCUGCAGAUGGUGGCCCACAUUGAGCACAAGAACGCCCUGGAGAUCCGCACACACAGCCUGCUGUUGCUGCCCAUCUUCCUGCUGGUCCUGGUGCUCACCACUGAGGUCUGGGUCCCUAGCCAGCCCUCACUCUGGGUGUUCAAGAUCUGGUUGCUGCUGGUGUUUGGCUCCUGGAUGCUGCAGAUGACCUCGAUGUUGUAUGCUCCACUUUCCAGCCAGCCCUGGCGGGCAGACAGCCCCGAGGACCUCGCCUUCCUCACCAUCUUCUUCUGCUGGCACCUGGCCAUACAGGCUGCGGUGCUGACCGUCGUCUACGCCCUCUGCAGCCUCUGGCACCGCCGCUGCUCCUCCUGCAUAGAGGUCCCGAGUACCAGGUACCAGCCAUGCCCCACGGACCCCAGCAGUGAAGAGCUAGAGAAGCUCAGGGUAGAGGCCGUGCUGCAGGAUGGGAACAUCUAG